GACAUAUAUAUAAAAAUAUUAAAUAAUUAAUUAUUUAUGGUAAAGCAAUUAUUUACAGAAUAAGAGAAAUAAGAAAUAUUGAAAAAGAAAGCAAAAGAGAUUAGAGAAGAAUUUUUUUAAACAUAUGUUCCAGUUUAAAAUGCAGAAGAGUCAUAAAAGAAAAAAUUAAUGAAAAAAGUCCCAUGGAAUGAACAUAUGACUGCAACAUCAGAUGAUAAAAUUUUAAUUGAUUAAACUUUAGGUAAUGAAGAAGCUUAAAGAGAAGUAUAAAUAUAUUAAAUUACAUUUGCUAAUGUCUAAAGAUCUAUAGCAUAUUUAACAUAAGAAGGAGUAAGAAAUAAUUAUUAAAUUAUUUUAGAUUCCUGUUUAAAGACCAGAUGAUUUUGAAGUUGAAAUGUUUAAAAGUCCUAAAUAAAUGGAUAAAAUUAAAUUAAAAAUAGAAAAAAAGAGAGAUGAAAAAAAUAAAAAGGAAGAAGAAAAAAUGAAAAAGCAUAGUAAAAAAUUAAAUAAAUAAAUGAAAAUUAAAAAAAUGAGAGAAGAACAUAAAGAAAAAAGAAAAAAUAAGGUGGCUAUAGAAUAAUGGAAAAAAGAAAUUAAAGAAAAAGGAAGUGAAAAAGCUAGAGAUUUAGAUGAAAUUAUAAAAUAGAAUAAUUUAAAACCAAAGAAAUUUAAGAAAGAUAAAAAUUAACAAUAAGAUGGAAUAAAAAAAGGUGGAAUGUUUAAAUAAAAGAAUGAUUCUAAAUUCGGUAAAUUUAAAAAGACUGGAAAAAUGAGAACAGAAUAGAAUUCAUUUUAGAAAGGAUCAAAUAAUAAAUUUGGAUAAAGAUCAUAAAGUUCUGAUGCAAAUAGAUUUUAAAAUAAUAAUAAUAGGUUUGAAGGAAAACCAUAAAGAAGUAGAAGUUAUUCUGUUUAAGGGAAUUAAAGAAAUAAUAAAUAAUUUGGUGGUGAUAAUAAUAAUUAUGAAAGAAAAUAAUUUGGAGGAAAUGGAGGAAAACAAUAUGGAGGAGGAAAAUAAUAAGGUGGAAAUUAAUUUGAAAGAAAACCUUUUAGAGGAAAAUAAGGAGAUGGAAAAUCAUUUGGAGGAAAAAGAUAAAGUGGUGGUAAGUCUUUUGGAGGAAAAUAUUAAGGAGGUAAAACAUUUAGUGGAAAUAAAUAAGGUGGAAAUAAAUCAUUUAGUGGAAAAGGAGGUAAAUCAUUUAGUGGAAAAUAACAAGGAGGAGGAAAAUCAUUUGGAGGAAAUUUUAAUAAAAGAGGAAAUUAAUCAUUUAAAAAAAAUAACAAAUCAUUUGGAAGAGGAUAAUCUUUUAAAACAAAAGGAAAUAAAUGAUUGUGAUUUUUAUUUAAUAAUA